AGAUAUUACAAUUCAUCUGGUUCUUUUCAUUUAUACUUCUUUCCUAAAAUGCUAUAGUGGCCGCACCACCGUUGAAGCCAUGGCCGAUAAGCCACCACCGUUGAAGCCACCGUCUACGCCCCAGGAGUGGGAAGCUCUAAUCGAAGACUUCCAGAACGGCCACCAAAAAUGGCCAUCGUUAUCAUCAACACUCCUCGAUUACUCUCUCUGUUCUCUCUUGAAAAAAGACUUCCUUUUCAAGAUCCCUCUCCUUCUAUUCCUCGAACAGUUCUCAGAAACGUUUUUCACUACCGAAGCUCACUUAACCCGUCUCUUAGAAACCCUAAGAUCCACAAUCCAAUCACCUGUCGACGGAAUCACUGUCACUUUUCAAUUAAAAGAACAAUUCAUGAUCUCCACCACUUCCAUGUUCAUCUCCAUCGACGCGCUCAACAAUUUCCACGCGCGUUAUGUUGAGAGUUUAAUUGAGCUGCUUUUGACUGUGAUUCAUCGCCCAAACCACGGACUUGACAGGCAAACACGCGCUAUUGCUUGCGAGUGUUUGCGCGAGUUGGAGAAGAAUUACCCUUGUUUGCUUUCGAAUAUUGCUGGUCAUUUAUGGAGUUUGUGUCAGAGUGAAAGAACUCAUGCUUGUCAGUCUUAUAUCCUGUUGUUCACUAUGGUUAUUUUUAAUAUUGUUGAUAGAAAGUUAAAUGUUUCAAUUUUAAAUACUUCUUUGCCUUUGAUUCCAUUUAAUGUGCCUCAAUCUAUUACGGGUUCGGGUUUUAAUUACAAGGAGUUAAGGAGGGCACUUGCGUUUUUGUUGGAAUCGCCUCAAGUUUUAACCCCAUUUGGGACAAUUGAGUUUAUGCAAAUGAUAGUGCCGAUGGCUUUAGCUUUGGAAUUGCAGGUGUCGUUGUUGAAAGUUCAAUUCUUUGGAUUGAUUUAUUCGUUUGAUCCUUUGCUUUGUCACCUUGUUUUGGUUAUGUUUUCUAAAUUUCUGGAUGCUUUUGAUGGUCAAGAGGGAGAGAUAGUUAAGCGAUUAAUGCUUAUUUCCAAGGAAACACAGCAUUAUUUGGUUUUCCGAUUGCUUUCCCUUCAUUGGUUGAUGGGUUUGUUGAGUAGAUUGGUACUAAGUAAAGAGGGUAAGAAAUAUAAAUCCGUUGUCAAGAUGGGUUUGAGAUUCUAUCCGGCUGUGUUUGAUCCCCUUGCUUUGAAAGCAUUGAAGCUUGAUUUGCUUGCUUUUUUCUCAAUAUGUCUUGAUAUGUUGAAACUAGAAGGUCUUGAUACUAAUGAGGAAGGGGGUGCUGCUGCCAGUGCUGAGUCCAUGGUUAAGCUGUUUGAAGAUGGUCUGGUUUCUGUUUCAGCUUUUAAAUGGCUAGCUCCCUCGAGCACUGAAACUGCUCUUGCUUUUCGUACCUUCCAUAAGUUUUUGAUAGGCGGUUCUUCUCAUUCUGACACUGAUCCUUCCACCACUAGAAUCCUCAUGAACGCUGUCAUUUUUCACACUUUGCAGGGGAUGCUGGUGGGCAUGACACUGGAAUUUUUAAAAUUGGUCCCUGUGGUUGUUUCUCUUAUUGAUCGUUUGUUAGGCUGCCAAAAGCACCGUUGGUUGGGAGAGCGUCUACUUCAGAUGGCUGAUGAAUAUUUGUUUCCAAAAGUCAAAUUUGAUUAUACAUUGAUUUCUUAUUUCCCAAUAUUUGAUAGAAUUGCUGAGAACAAUGCAAUACCUCCACGGAGGUUACUCGACUUGCUUACAAAGUUUAUGGUUUUCCUUGUUGAGAAGCAUGGCCCAGAUACAGGACUGAAAUCAUGGUCUCAGGGAAGUAAAGUUCUUUGCAUUUCCCGAACUAUGAUGAUGCACCACUGUAGCUCUAGAUUGUUCCUUGGAUUAUCUCGCCUUUUUGCAUUCACUUGUCUGUACUUUCCUGAUUUGGAGGUUCGAGAUAAUGCAAGGAUAUACCUGCGGAUGCUGAUCUGUAUACCAGGAGUGAAGCUCAAAGGGAUACUGAGUUUAGGGGAGCAACUACUAAGCAUUUCACCAUCUACUCAUUCCAGUUCUUUCUUCAAUAUUCUGUCUCCUCGACAUUAUCAGAGUUUCAAGAAAUCUAGGAGUAUCUCAUCCUGCAUUCAUGUAGAGCGCGUGGUACCAUUGCUUGUUAAGCAAUCCUGGUCAUUGUCUUUGUCACCUUUAGAUAUUGGGUGUAGUAAACCUACUUUUUUAGAGAGCGUAACAGAUAGUGAGCCUCAGGUUGAUAUAGGGGAGCUAGAUGUUAGUACAAAUUUUCUGGCAACCGCGAAAACUGAAAGAACUAAUCAGUUGCAGGAGCCUUUACGUGUAAUGGAUUCAAAAAUUUCAGAGAUUUUAGGGAUACUAAGAAGGCACUUCUCAUGUAUUCCUGAUUUUAGGCGGAUGCCAGGGCUUAAGGUCAGCAUAUCUUGCACUUUGAGACUUGAAUCUGAGCCUUUCAUUCACUUAUGGGGGGGUGGCUCUCCCACUAGUCGGCUGGAAGGAGUGGAUGCCCUUCCUGCUUUAUAUGCAACUGUGCUCAAGUUUUCAUCAUCAGCACCUUAUGGGUCCAUUCCAUCAUAUCAUAUACCAUUUCUUCUUGGUGAACCCUCCAGGAACAAUUAUGCUGAUACUCCAAUAGAUUCACUAGAAAUUGUUCCUGUGGAAAAUGGUUCUGGAGAUGAGGAAGACUACUUAGCUCCUGUCAGAAUUGAUUUGGAACCGAGGGAACCUACACCUGGUCUGGUUGAUGUUUUCAUCGAAGCAAAUGUAGAAAGUGGCCAAAUAAUCCACGGUCAGCUUCAAAGUAUCACAGUAGGUAUAGAGGACAUGUUUCUCAAGGCUAUUGUCCCAUCUGACAUCCCAGAAGAUGCUGUACCUGCUUAUUAUUCAGGAGUAUUUGAUGCUCUUUGGGAGGCAUGUGGUGCUUCUUCCAACAUUGGGCGGGAGACAUUUUUAUUAAAAGGGGGCAAGGGCGUUGCAGCAAUCAAUGGGACCCGAUCAGUGAAGCUUCUUGAAGUUCCUGCAGACUCUUUGAUUCGUGCCACAGAGCAGCAUUUGGCUCCCUUUGUUGUUUGUGUGAUUGGAGAGCAGCUUGUUAACAUGGUUAAGGAUGGUGAAAUCAUAAAAAACAUCAUAUGGAAGGAUGCUGCAUCAGAUUCUUUUAUUGAUAGUACAGCAACAGUUGCAGAUUUACACAGUGGUCCACUUCAUCUUACAUACUUUAAUGAUGAAGAUGGGAGAGAAAGUCAGGUGAAUGGCUAUAAAAGAAACUUGGGUUGCUUUCUUGUUUUGGUAUUUCUUCCACCAAGGUUCCAUCUUCUUUUCCAAAUGGAAGUCUCUGAUCUUUCGACCCUAGUUCGAAUUAGGACUGAUCACUGGCCCUGCUUAGCUUAUGUUGAUGAAUAUUUGGAGGCUUUAUUUUUGACAUAGAGGUGAAUCUCUUAAUUUUGUCACAUUACUUCUGCAAAGAGGAUGUUGUCUCAUCCAAAAGUCCUCUUUCCCUGCUGCUCAUGCUGCAAUUUGUUCUGAUUCUUUCUCCAGAUUAUUUUGCACAAAAGGAGGGUAAAUUUUUUGACACCCUCCGAAAAAAAAACUGCUGUGUAAAUACCUCUGCAAGUGAAUCCCCUCUUUUUGUAUUCUUUUAAUGUAUCAGAAAUGCAUUUUGUUUUUAUUUGGCAUCUUCAUUUUUUCGAGCAAUCAGGCGUCUCUUUAGUUGAUAUGUGAGAAUGUAAAGAUAACUCGUUCAAUAUUGUAUUGUUUUUAUUACGGUGUUA